AUGCUUCAAAAUGGUAACGGGAAGGAAAAACCGCCUCAGCCAACAAACACAGGUGGAUCUGAAGCAGAUCCUUCUUGUGACAAACCGAAGCAGCAGGCUGGGGACCCAGCCGAGGACAGGAGGGCCACGGACCCCGGGGCCACGCACUUCCCCAUGCCUGCUUAUCCCAAACUGGAAAUAAAGCGCAACGCAGUGACUGAUGACUACAAGAUUUCCACUCAGGUUCUGGGUUUGGGAAUCAACGGCAAAGUUCUGCAGUGCUUCAAUAAGAGGACAGGAGAGAAGUGCGCUCUGAAGAUCCUCUACGAUAGUCCCAAGGCAAGACGAGAGGUGGAGCUACACUGGCGAGUGUCGGGAGGGCCGUACAUCGUCCGCAUCCUGAGCCUGUAUGAAAACAUGCACCAUGGGAAGAAGUGCCUGCUCAUCAUCAUGGAGUGUAUGGAAGGAGGAGAGCUGUUCAGCAGAAUCCAGGCUAGAGGAGACCAGGCCUUCACUGAAAAAGAGGCGUCUGAGAUUAUGAGGGACAUCGGCACAGCCAUCUCGUUCCUUCACAACAUUGACAUCGCCCACAGAGACAUCAAGCCAGAGAACCUGCUGUAUACUACUAAAGCUAAAAACGCAGUCCUUAAGCUGACAGACUUUGGCUUUGCAAAAGAGACAACGCUACACAACCCCCUACAGACGCCCUGCUACACACCGUAUUAUGUGGCCCCUGAGGUUUUGGGUCCGGAGAAGUAUGACAAGUCUUGUGACAUGUGGUCUCUGGGCGUCAUCAUGUACAUCCUGCUGUGUGGCUACCCUCCGUUCUACUCCAACACGGGUCAGGCUAUUUCUCCAGGAAUGAAGAGAAGGAUCAGAAUGGGCCAGUAUGAGUUUCCAAAUCCUGAAUGGUCUGACGUGUCUCAGGAAGCGAAAGAUAUGAUCCAACAGCUGCUGAAGACCGACCCAAAUGAGAGAAUGACCAUUACUCAGUUUAUGAAUCACCCCUGGAUCAAUCAGUCCAUGAUGGUUCCCUCCACUCCGCUGCACACCACCCGGGUCCUCAAUGAAGACAAGGAGCUGUGGGAGGAUGUGAAAGAGGAGAUGACCAGCGCCUUAGCCACCAUGCGUGUGGACUACGACCAGGUGAAGAUCAAAGACCUCGACACAUCCAGCAACCCCCUUCUCAACAAAAGACGCAAGAAGGCCGCUGCAGGGGGCAAGAGUGGGUCCACUGUGUGCCAAAGUCAGUGAAAUGAGGAAGAACCUGUGAUUAAAAUCCUGACCAAACAGUGUCAGUGAUGAAAAGAAACCGCUUGUGUUGAGGAGAAAAUGAAUCGAAUUAUUCACAGGGCUGGUCUGAAGCACAGAGAGACUGGAGGUUAAAAUGCACUCUGAGAGGAGGGAACAAAGAAGAAGAAUUAAAACCAGGCAUGUGUUCCUAUUAGUGGUAGAAAUCAACAAAUAUGCUCACUGGUUGUAUCUGAGUUAAUUAUUUUUAUCUGUGUGGUUUUGUAGUUGUAGAAUAAUAGAGAUAAUGGUGUCUGUGUGCAGACAUGACAUACCUCUGGUGAUAUUAUUUAGCAUUUAUAUGCUGGGUUGCCUAAAAUCUGCAGACAGGUAGAUGCAAACUUCACAGAGAGACUGAAGCAACCCUUAUUGCCUUUAUUGUCUUAAUGUAUUUUUUGCUGCUUUUCUUUUUAAAAUUAAACCCCAGUCUCACAACCGGUGUUCUGUUGCUUAAAGGGAGCCUCCAUGCCGACAUACAGCUCCACCUGAUGGAAGAUUUUUCACAAAAGGGGCAAUAAAGAUGGAAUUACACUGACUGAGUUUUUUUAACCUGUGGUAUUUCUUCAGAACACUGGGUGUUCCAGUAAAUGAAGUAACAAAAAUUUGGCAACAAAGCUUUACGUAAUAAACAGUUGGUUACCGCU